AUGGUCCUCGGCCUGGCCCACAUCCGCGCGCUGCCAACCUCGGCCGCCUCGGACUGGGCGCUCCGGCACGAAGAUCUGGAGGCCGCGAUCUCCGAGGACAAGGCGAAGGGGCUUAUCCCAUUCUUUGCGUGCGCGAGCGUCGGGACGACGUCGUCCUGUGCGGUGGACCCGGUGCCAGAAAUUGCAAAGGUUUGCGCCAGGCACGGCUUGUGGACCCACGUGGACGCCGCGUACGCGGGCUGCGCGGCCAUCUGCCCAGAGCACAGGAGCCUCUUUGCUGGCCUGGAGGCUGUCGACUCAUUCCAGUUCAACCCCCACAAAUGGCUCGUGACUACGUUUGACUGUUGCGCCAUGUGGGUGGCCGACGCGGGCGCUCUCAAGGAGGCGCUGUCGCUUACGCCCAUCUACCUGCGGACCCCGGCCAACGGCCUGGACUAUAAGGAUUGGCAGGUCCCACUUGGCCGCAGGUUCAGGGCGCUGAAGCUGUGGAUGGUCCUGCGCAUGUAUGGCGCCGAGAAGCUGCGCGCCCUCAUCCGCCAUCACUGCGCCAUGGCGGCCUGGCUAGCAGACCAGGUGCGCGCUGACCCGCGGUUUGAGGUCGUCGCGCCGCCGCGGCUGGGCCUGGUGUGCUUCAGGCUGAGGGAUGCCACCAACGCCACCAACGCACAGCUGGCAGCGGCAGUCAAUGCCACAGGCAAGAUGUUCCUCGUCGCAACAGAGCUCGACGGCCGCACUACCCUGCGCCUCGUCGUCGGCAGCCCCCAGACACAGCCGCGCCACGUGUCCGCGGCCUGGGACCUCAUCCGGGAGCAGGCGGCUGCGCUGCUGCAGCAGGAGCUGACUGGCGCGGCGACGGCGGCGACGGUGGCCGCGCGGGCUGGGUGA